AUGUUGCUAAGUGGUGCCGUCGGAACAGCGCAGCUUACUGUUCCCAAGGACCCCAUUUCGCAAGGACCCCUAUUCCUAAGGACCCCAUUUCGCAAGGACCCCUAUUCCCAAGGACCCCAAUUUGCAAAGGUCCCAAUUCCCAAGGACCCCAUUUCGCAAGGACCCCAAUUCCCAAGGACCCCAUUUUGCAAGGACCCCUAUUCCCAAGGACCCCAUUUCGCAAGGACCCCUAUUCCCAAGGGCCCCAAUUCGCAAGGACCCCUAUUCCCAAGGACCCAUUUCGCAAGGACCCCUAUUCCCAAGGACCCCAAUUCCCAAGGACCCCAAUUCGCAAGGACCUCAAUUCCCAAGGACCUCAAUUCCCAAGGACCCCAAUUCACAAGGACCCCAUUUCGCAAGUACCCCUAUUCCCAAGGACCCCCAUUCGCACUGACCCCAUUUCCCAAGGACCCCAACUCGCAAGGACCCCAAUUCCCAAGGACCCCAACUGGCAUGGACCCCAUUUCCCAAGGACCCCAAUUCGCACGGACCCCAAUUCGCAAGGACCCCAACUCGCAAUGCCGUAUGCCCCCGAACUCCCUUGUUGCCUCGCUUUUUGACGGGGCUAUUACACCCCUUGGUGAGGAAAUGCAAUCGCACUGA